CGCUUCGCAAUGACGAUAACGUCGUUUAACUUGGUUGCCAAAGGUCCCAAAUGGGGCGUUCGCCACUUGCAAGUGUUGUUCCUUUUCUCAUGUGCCACACUAAUUGUGGCACAGAGGUUUAAUAUGAGUGUGGCCAUUGUGGCCUUUACAAAUGCCAAAAGCAGCAACCCAAACUAUCCGGAAUAUAAAUUAACGGAAAAGCAGAAAUCGUAUAUUCUGAGUAGUACCUUUUGGGGAUCCUGUUGCACUCACCUCAUGAGUGGCUAUCUGUCGAGUCGUUUUGGAGCCAAGGUGCUGCUGCUGGCCAUAAUGUUCCUCACCGCUCUGCUCAGCAUUGCCACGCCCUUCGUUUUGGCAUGGGGCGGCUGGCAGCUGCUCUUCUGGGUGCGUUUGGUUCAAGGACUCGCGAUGGGUGGCAUGUGGCCUUGUCUGUACACCCACUUGGCCAAGUGGUGCCCCAAGAAGGAGGCGAAUCGAUUGGGUGGUGUAAUGACCACUGGAUUGGAUUGUGGAACAAUACUCGGAUUUGCUUUAAGUGGACUCUUAUCUGCGUCUUCACUUGGCUGGCCCAGUGCCUUCUAUGUACCAGGAUACCUAGGUAUCGUAUGGUGCCUUCUUUUUAUGCGUUACGGAGCCAAUAGCCCAUCCGAAUCGAGUCUUAUUUCACUGGCGGAGCAAAAGCAUAUUCAACUGGCACUGGAGCAGAACAAAGAGGUUCGGGGUGAGAGUCCUCCAGUGCCAUGGCUAAAGAUCCUCACCUCUCGUCCUUUUGUUGUCCUGGCUUUUUGUAAGAUGAGUCAGGCCUGCAGCUUCUACACGUUGAUGCAACAGAUUCCGCGCUACAUUCACGGUAUCUUUAACUACAACAUUUUGAUAAAUUCUUUGCUCUCCGCUCUGCCCUUCGUAGUCAUGCUGAUGUCAUCCUACGGAUUUAUAUUCUUGACUGAAUAUUUGACCCGACAUCGCGACAUAUCCUUGUCGGUUCUGCGAAAGUGCAUUAACUCGUUUGCAUCAUGGACAACGGCAGUUGCCCUGGUGAUUCUUUCCUACGUCAGCGAUCGAAAUGUGGUGGGCAGUAUGCUCUGUCUGGUGAUAGCAACUGCUUCGAUUUCUGGACAAGCUAUUGGCAGUUCCCUCAACCACGUGGACUUGUCGCCCAAUUUCGCUGGUCUGCUUUUUGGAAUCAGUAGCACAUUAACGUCUGCGGCAGGAGUGAUAUCACCCAUCAUAAUUGGACUGGCGGUUACCAAUGAGUCCGACAACACACAAUGGCGUUCCGUUUUCCUUGGCAUCUCUGUGAUUUUGUUCCUUGGCAACUUAUUCUACGUGAUCUUCGGUAAAAUGACUGUUCAACCAUGGAAUGAACCCCAAUCCAAAGAUACUCAAACUGAAGCAUCACCAAAAACCGGAGCACCAGCAGCUUUAUCCGAAGAAACCAUAUCCACUGAGAGAUUCAACUAUUUGUAAAUGUAUAUUUUUAAUAAGGUAUUCAGUGCUAAUGUUGUAUAAAAACAG